AUGGGAAACACACACAGCCACAGUAGUGGGAAAGGAUCCGGUUCGAACAGUCCCACAAAGUCGAAGGGAAACGGUGAUACGGAAACGAAACCAACGAACAGUGGUAAUGGUCCUGCUGGUGCAGUUCCUGGUGCUGCUGGCGCACUGGCACGUGGUAUGACGCGUACCGCUAGCGGGGCAGACAUUCAGGACCGUUCCAAUACACAGUUCCAACCGGUGGAUAAGCUUGGCCGUAUACUGUCGAAAAAGUGUGAAGAACUGCACGGAAUUCAUGGUGUUACAGGGGAUGUUUUUGCGCGCUACGUAUUUCCAAAGUAUCCCGAUCUCGGGCUGAAGCUAUUCCGCUAUCUUCGCUUUAUGAGCCACGCCAAAACGGAACACUUGGGGUUGGUCGCCUUUCGGCAACAGUGUGAACGAUUCCUUGCCCUGCUGGAUGAUUCCGUUAUACUGGAAAACUAUGUGCGAAUGUUUGGCGAUCUGAACGAGAGCGAGCUGAUAAAGCCGGAAAAUUUGAAAAAUUUGCUUCGCACCUGCUACAAUCUGGCGAUGGCACAUUAUUCCGAUGGACCACAGACGUGUCGGUUGCUCAAUCGGACGCUCGAUUCGGUAGUGCAGUCAUGCUUCUUUUCCAAGGAAUCGCUCAGUCCUGGCUAUAUUUGUCGCUGGUUAGAGAACAACGUACCCCGUCUGGUACCGCCGAUCCAUAAGUACUGUGUGCAUGCGCUCAGCACCUCCCAUCGGACGAUCAUCGACAACAGUAUGGCAAGCAACAGUGAAACGGUCGUCUCGAUCAGUGCCAUCAAUGCGGGUGAAGCAAGCUACGGGCUCGAGCUGCAAACUCCCAUACUGGAGAAAACGAACCCGUUCGGCAAGGAGCUGGGCGGCGGGAUAGGUAAUGGGGGUGGAUCGGGGCCCCGUGAACCAGGCAAACCGUUAACGGAGGAUGAGCGUGAGCGGUUGAAAAAUCAGCAACCUUUGUUGCCGCUGUCGGAGGCUUGGUUGUUGGCGGGAUCGUUGCCACCACUGUACAGCAAACCGCAGUCUGUACCGGCACCGAUUAAUCCUAAUUCGGCUAACUUGACAUCGCAUAUUUUCCUGGCGAAACUGUUGUCCCUCGUUCCCUCCCACUGGACUUCACUGUACGAUUCGCGGCUGGAUGGGGCGGGCACGAAUCGGUUCUUGCAUCACGUACUUGGCUACCGUGGACCGAACCUAAUUCUGUUCCGUUGCGAGGACGAUCUGCUGUUUUGUGUCGCGAAUCCGAACGAAUGGCGUGAAACGCAUCUGUACAUCGGUGACGAAGGAAGUUGCUGUCUACAACUUCUACCGAAAUUUCAAAUGCUAGAGAAGAAGCCGAAAAGUCUCUACCUAAACACGCACAUCCGCGGCUACCCGAAGGGAUUGCGAGCUGGUUCCGAUCCACGCAAACCGAUCCUAAUCGUGGACGAGCACUUCGAGCGGCUCGAGUACCGUUCACUGCAGCACAAGAUCCUUUCGAUUGAGGUGUGGGGCUGUGGCAAUCAGCAGCAGCGCGAGGUGCAGCUUGAUAUUAAGAAGUGGCAGGUGAAGGAAGCGGAACGGCAACGAACGGUCAAGAUGACUGCUGCUGAUUGGAUGGACCAUCCCGAUCGCUAUCUGCUAGAGCUCGGUGGCCGUCAAAAUUACAACAACUCAUCCACGUAAUGCAAA